AUGGGGUUCCACAUCUGGCACAUGGUUCUGGCCCUAUGCGCUCUCAUGGACUUUGCAACAUAUGCCCUAACUUUAUCAGAAUAUCAGUAUGAAGACGAAACCUAUACAACCGACAGUUUCGAGAACAUAACGAUACUAAGCAAUAAUACGUUGACUUUACAAUGUCCAAAGAGGUCUGGUACGAUAGAUUGGAAAAUACCCGGGAAUAAUAAUGAAACAAAAGAGAAAUUGAAAAAUUCGGACACCUUAAUACUGACCAAUAUAAGCCUUCAGAAAGCAGGGAUAUACGCAUGUUUCUCGAAUGGAAAGUUGUUAGUGAAGAAAUUCAAUGUCACGGUAUUGGAAGCUCCACACUUCCAGAAAAAAAUGCAGAGGCUUGUCGGUAAACCAGCUGGUAAUAUGGUUAGGCUAAACUGUAAAGCAGGAGGUUUUCCAACACCGAAUAUAACAUGGUACAGGGAUGAUAAAUCUCCACCAACUAGGAAACUGGGCGAUAUCAAGACGAAUCAUUGGUCACUGACUUUGGAAGACUCUGUACCAAAUGACAAAGGCAACUAUACCUGUGUAGUUUGCAACGUCGUUGGCUGUAUCAAUUUCACCUUCAAUGUAGAUGUUGUUGAGCGCUUUCCAACAAAACCAUACAUAAAAGAGGGAUAUCCUAUGAACUUAACAGUUCUUGUUAACACCACAGCUACAUUUGAAUGUCCCCAGAUUUUUGCCGAUUUGGAACCAUUCAUACAGUGGUUCAGAAUAAAAGAUCAUCCAAACUUCACGGAAGAGGACAGUAAUUUAAACUGGACACUGAUAGAGAAAGAUGAAUCGUCGGACCCAAGUCCAGAAAUAUUCGAACUAUAUAAUGUUACCCAUGAAGAUGAAGGAUGGUAUGCUUGCUUCGCCUCCAAUAGUUUAGGCACUACAGUUUCCAAAGCAUAUCUACAAGUGGUCGAUGAAUUACCAGUUCUAGGCCUCGAAGAACCAAGGAACAUUGUUAUCAUGAUCAUCAGUGUUUGUGUGGUCAUUUUGUUCGUGAUUUUCGUUAUCGCGUUCAUAUGUAUCCACUACAGACAAAAAAUCAAAAGAGAGCAAAGAGAGAAAAUGAUAGCUGUCGAGACAGCCAGGGCUGCUAUAGUAACCCAAUGGACCAAAAAAGUGAUCAUCGAAAAAAUACAUAAUGCCUCAGAAAACGUUUUGGAACCUCUGCUCAUGCCAGUUGUGAAGAUAGAAAAACAAAAAUCACAAACGAAUAAUUCCGGAGACGGUAUAAUAUCGGAAUACGAACUCCCAAUGGACUCUGACUGGGAGAUAACUAGAGAGUUCCUAGCUCUUGGUAAAAACCUUGGAGAAGGUGCCUUUGGCAAAGUUGUCAAAGCAGAAGCUAUGAACCUCAUCAAAUCUGGAAGCACAACUGUCGUUGCUGUUAAAAUGUUGAAAGAGGGUCAUACCGAUAAUGAGAUGAUGGAUUUAGUGUCAGAGAUGGAGAUGAUGAAAAUGAUAGGAAAGCAUAUCAACAUCAUCAAUUUGCUAGGCUGCUGUACACAGGGUGGUCCUCUGUACGUUGUCGUAGAAUACGCGCCUCAUGGUAACCUGAGGGAUUUCCUGAGACAGCACAGGCCUUCCUCUGGAUACGAGCUAGCAGUAGGAGAAAAGAAAGAGAAGAAGACGCUGACCCAGAAGGACCUAGUAUCUUUUGCCUACCAAGUAGCUAGGGGGAUGGAAUAUCUCGCGUCUAGAAGAUGUAUACAUAGGGAUCUGGCAGCUAGGAAUGUUUUGGUCAGUGACGAUUAUAUUUUGAAGAUAGCCGAUUUCGGCCUAGCCCGGGACAUCCACUGCAACGACUAUUAUAGGAAAACAACUGAUGGAAGGUUACCUGUGAAAUGGAUGGCACCAGAAGCUUUGUUCCACAGGGUGUACACAACUCAGUCAGAUGUAUGGUCAUAUGGUAUAUUGUUAUGGGAGAUAAUGACCUUAGGAGGUACUCCUUACCCUUCUGUGCCGAGCGUGGAGAAACUAUUCCAGCUUCUACGUAACGGCCACCGAAUGGAGAAACCGCCAUGUUGCUCCCUAGAAAUCUACAUGCUGAUGCGUGAAACGUGGAGCUACCAGCCCAACGAACGCCCCGUAUUUUCCGAACUGGUCGAAGAUCUGGAUAGGAUCCUGACCAUCACAGCGAAUGAGGAAUACCUCGAUCUGGGCCUUCCUCAACUGGACACUCCGCCAUCGAGUCAAGAGUCCAGUUGUGAUGAAGACUUUGCUUUUCCUCAAAUGAGCUAG